AGCUAUUGCUUUAUGUUACUGCAGUGCUAGGAACUUGGGGGACUGGAGGAAAGUUUCAUUUGGAGGGGAAGGAUCUUUAUUUGGGGCACGUGGGUCUCCCUCCACUUCCCCCACUGAAGGAAGUGCAAAACAUCUGGCUUAGGCUUGGCUUGGUGUCCUUCCCUCUUGCUUUGUUCCACCCCUUUUCUGCAGUUACCAAAAGCUCAGCCAAGGCAGAGAACAUCAGCAUGGCUUCCCUGCAGAAGAUCCUCAGUCCUCUCCUGCCAAAAUGGAGGUCCUGAUGACCCCCAAAACUGUCUGCCUCUGAGAUGGAGAUGAUGGAGAGACCCCUUCUUCCCUGGAGGCUCCAAUGGACCCCCCUCUUCUUCUCUGCCACCUUCUUCUGCUCCUUUCUGGGUGCCGUAAAUGAUGCAGUGCAGACGCCUCUCCAUCGGGUCAAUGGGGUCCUGAGAAGAUCCACCUUGCUGUCUGUCAGUAACAUCUCCCCAUCGGAAGAAGUGACAAGGGUUGAAUGGGACUUCCAGCCUCAAAAUGGGACAGGGUUAUCCAUUGCCGAAUUCAGAGAUGGGAAAUGGGAGCGUCCGAAUCCCAAAGACCAGUUUGGGAUGAGGUUGGAACUGGUCAAUGAGACCACGCUGAGGAUCCGAAAUUUGGAGAAGGAGGACAGUGGAGUCUAUAAAGCUCGGGUUAGGCUUCAUCCAGCAAAGAUUGAAGAACACUGUUUCCGUCUCACGAUUUAUGACCCCGUUCCAGAGCCACAAAUUCAUCUCCUCCAAGAAACCCCCAAUUCUUCAUCUGAAUGCAACGUAACCUUGCAAUGUCUGGUGUCCGAAAAAGGAGGACUCAAUGUCUCCUGGAAAAUUGGGGAUGCCCUCAGACCCUUAGAAGGGGAUCCAGAUUGGUAUUGGUUCUCCUCCAAAGGAUGGCACAUCCACUUGUCCAACCCAACAGAAUCCAAUGUCACUUGCCUGGUCACCAAUCUGGCCGAUCGCAAGAUAGCCUCCGUUGACUUGACCAGCGUCUGCCCCCGUCCAGAUGGCAGACAAGAACACUGGUGGCUGAUCUUUCCCAUUGCGAUUGUGGUUGUGUUGGUGUCAGGCUUCUGGAUUUGGAAGAAAAGGAGGAAACAGCCGCGCUGCAGUGAAGAAAUACUAGAAGAGCCACUAGAUUCUGCAGCGGACUCUGCCUUGGAAGCAAAUAAGGUUCCUGAAGAUCAGUACAUGGAAGUCCAAAACGUAAGGGACAAUGACCAGGAGCUUGACAGGCUCUCCAAGGGCAGUCCAGCGGAUGGAUCUCCGACCAUCUAUGCCAUGGUCCAGUCUCCCUCUCACCUUCCUGACCCGGUCGUCUGAUGGAUGGACACUGGAUGCUUUGGGACACUUGUUUUGUUGUUUUGUCGUUUUGUGAGACACUUAGCCUUCUCUAUUGGAGACCUCCAGUGCCACUGGGUUUAUUUCUGCAAUGCAGACGCACCCAGAGUUUCCUUAAUGUGACUUUCUUCUUAUGUGCCUUGAAGUCCAUUCCAUCUUAUGGUGACUUGAAGGGGUUUUCUUAGCAAGGUUUGUUCAGAGGAGGUUUGCUAAUGCCAUCCUUGGAGGCUGAGAGAGUGUGACUUGUCCAAGUUCAACCAGUGGGUUUUGUGGGCAAGACGGGAAUCGAACCCAGGACUCCAGAGUCAUAUUCCAAUGUCCAUGGAUGGAUGGAUGGAUGGAUGGAUGGAUGGAUGAUACUAUGGAUGGGUGGAUGGUACGUCAUCCAAUGGAUGGAUGAAGAGGUCAUAGAGAGCCAAAUGCACUUCCAGAUUUAUUUCAGCCUCAUGUGAACCAGGAACAUCAACUCAGAAAAUUGCAGGUGGUUUUUUACGGAAGUUGUCACGGAAAUCCACACCUGAGCUAGAUAUAUGUAUAUAUCUUCCCCUCCUGACCCCGAGUUUGGGUCCGAAAUGACAGCAAUGCAGUGUAACGCUUCCCUUUUUAAGUUCCUUGUUUUCUUGCAAACCUUUCUUCUCAGCCUCUCCUUCGUUGUGUUUUGUUUCCCUCCCAUUAUUUAUAGCCUGUCAUUAGAAAAGUACCAAAGUCAGGUCAGAGAUUCCCAUCCAGUUGCUGGGUUCCUCCUAAAAUGGAUGUCAAACAUCAAUUUGUAUUCGUUUUUAGGUCAUAGGAAAUGCUUUUGGAAGAAAGGGACACAUUUGCAGCAUUGUUUUGAUGCCGUCUUGUGAUGUUACACCGUGCAGCUCCGUUAUGUGCUUUUUCUUGCGUUUGCCAUAAAAACUAUUUUGUACUUCUGUGAUGGUUUUUAAUACAGUAUAUAUAUAUUUUAAAAAAGUAAAAAUGCAAAAAGAAAGGAAGGAAGGACGAAAGGAAGAAAGAAAAGGUUUAGCAGAGCAUAGCAUUUUCUGCGGAAACGGCAGAGGUUUGCAAAGUUGGGUGCAAAACCACAAAAAACAGGUCCCUCCUCUUCUUUCUUUCAAUGAAAUGAACAUGAAUUGUAUCACAGAGACAUGCUUUACUGUGCGCCAAAGUCUGUGGCCCUGGGACCAAGGGCCCACUGUACAUUGCCAUAUGUGUAUUUUAUAUGAUGAUAGUUUUAAUAAAAAGACAUCUGUCCCAUUG